GAGCUGGGCGUGACGCCGGAGUGGGAAAGUUCUGUGUGGGAACUUGGAGAUAGACAGAAAUGGAGUGCUGCGGCGGAAGUCUGGCGGAAGGAUAGCUCUGGAGUUCGGUGCUGCUGGUAAGUCCCCCCCACCCCAUUACUAUGAGUAUCCUGAACCCAAGGACCAGUUUGGAGGCAGGAGAUUCAGAAGACGCCUGCUGUGCGGCUAUGGCCAGCGUUUGCUGCAUAAACACCAAGGAAGAUGCUGACAGUCCCUCAGCCGGACUUCCCAGCGGGACAACACAAAACUUGGAUGUGGAGGAGAUUCAAGGCUAUGACGUGGAGUUUGAUCCUCCCUUAGAAAGCAAGUAUGAGUGUCCCAUCUGCCUCAUGGCUCUGCGGGAAGCUGUACAGACUCCUUGUGGACACAGGUUUUGUAAGGCCUGUAUCCUUAAAUCUCUCAGGAACGCAGGACACAAGUGCCCGGUGGAUAAUGAGAUUCUCAUGGAGAAGCAGCUGUUCCCGGACAACUUUGCCAAACGGGAAAUCCUCUCUUUAAGGGUGAAGUGCCCCAACCUGGGCUGCACAGACACCAUGGAGCUGAGGCACCUGGAGCAUCACUUGGUGCAGUGCCAGUUUGCCAGCGUUGAAUGCUCUCAGUGCCAGGGCUCCUUCCUGAAGCUCCUCCUGGAUAAACACAUGGAGCACGAAUGCGGCCGGCGGAGGACAUUCUGCGAUAAUUGUGGUCUGGCCAUGGCGUAUGAAGACAAAUCCGGCCAUGAACUAAUAUGUCCUAUGGCCUAUGUGACCUGUGACUACUGUCAGACCAAUCUCAUCCGAGAGCAGAUGCCGGCUCACUACAGUAUGGACUGUACCAUGGCACCAAUCCCCUGCAUGUACUGUGAGUUUGGAUGUAGAGAAAAGAUGCAAAGGCAUAAUCUGGCCGGACACCUGCAAGACUUCACCCAGGCACACAUGCGCAUGAUGGCCCAGACCCUGCGAAGCUUCAGCACCACUCCAACUAGCCACAUCUCUGAUAUCUCAUUCUGUGACCCCAACCAGUUUGAGCCUGUACCCCUGUCCGUAGCACCCGCCCACCCUUCUCAUAUGCCUUCCCAGCAAGACUGCAGUCAGGAGACCAGGAACCUCAGGGAGACCGUUGAGCAGCUGGAAGGACGCCUUGUAAGGCAGGACCACCAGAUCCGUGAGCUCAUAGCCAAGAUGGAGACUCAGUGCACCUACGUGAAUGAACUGAAACACACCAUCCAUUCUCUGGAGGACAAAGUAGCCGACAUGGAUGCACAUCGCUGCAACGGUGUCUUUAUAUGGAGGAUCAAGGGUUUCAGUGGCCUCCAAAAGAGCCAAGAAGAGGAGAAGCCGGUGGUGAUUCACAGCCCAGGGUUCUACACCGGGGAUCCUGGAUAUAAGCUUUGUCUACGGCUGCACCUCCAGCUUCCCAGCGCCCAACGAUGUGCCAACUACAUCUCCUUGUUUGUCCACACCAUGCAGGGGGAUUAUGAUAGCCUCCUACCUUGGCCACUCCAGGGAACCAUCCGUCUGUCUAUCCUAGACCAAUCAGAAAGCACCGCUAGGCAGGACCAGGUGGAAGUGAUGGACACCAAACCAGAUUUGCUGGCUUUCCAGAGGCCGACCGCUCCGAGAAACCCCAAAGGCUUUGGCUAUGUCACUUUUAUGCACCUCAAUACACUGAAGCAGCGGCAGUAUGUUAAGAACGACACCCUCCUUGUGCGCUGCUCAGUGAAUAUUCACCUGGAUCUGACCAGCCCGCGACGGGAGGGCUUCCAACCACGCAGCGGAGAGGGGACCCUAUAGCCAAAUCUGGAAACCAUAGGACUGAAGUGCAGCUUUGUCGGUCAGAGUUCUCCUGCUGACUUGCCUGCUUCUUGCAGGGAGUUAUUCAGAACCUAACAAACCCAAUUAAAUCUUAGUGGCAAAUUUUAUAGAAA